UAGGUAAAAUGAGGUACCCCAUGUAUAUUGAUGCUCUUCGUCGAGGACUAAACUUUACAAUGAGAACAGAAUCACCGUGGAAUUAAUCAUGGGGUUGACCACAAUAAAGAGAGUGAAAUCCAUGCGGAGUUGAUUUUGGGAUUAACCACAAUAAAGUGAGCAAAGUGAUGGGAUUAAUAGCAAUAAAAGGAGCCAAAUCAGUGAGGGAUUAUAAGCAAUAAACGGAUCGAAAUCAUCAUGGGAUUAAAGGCAAUUGAAAUCAGCCACAAGAUUAGGAUCGGAUGGCUAUGACGUCGUUUGGUACCGUCCCUAAAAUCAGCGCCUAUGGGUCCACCAAGAAAGCAGCCGCAACAACUUAUAAAAGGUCGAACUAAAGGGCAUCAUCAGCAUCUCAUUUCUAAUCUUGUUCUCUUCGGUUCAAGGUCUUCGGAGGUUGGGCCUGCUACAUGCAAAUCAAUGGCCUGCAAUCAAACGGGGCCGAUUAUGAAUCAAGGACAUGGGGAAACUAGUUAUGCCCACAACUCUAGUAUUCAGAACGCUGAGCAGAAGAAGAUGAAAGCCCUGAUUGAAGCGGUCAUCGUAGAACUAUGCAGCAACACCGGCACCUUGCUGUCCGGAAAGAUGGUGAUCGCGGACUUGGGCUGCUCCACUGGUCCAAACGCGCUUGCACUGGUGUCGGUUGCUAUUGAGGCAAUCCACUCUCACUGUCUUCAGUUCCAGCAACCACCACCAGAAGUCUCUGUGUUCCUUAACGAUCUUCCUGAGAAUGACUUCAACACGGUGGUGAAGAGCCUCGUCACUCUCCGUCAAAGCAACGAUCCUGUUGUCGUGACCGGUAUCACACCAGGAUCGUUUUAUGAGCGGCUCUUCACUAGUGAAUCUGUGCAUCUUGUUUGCUCGUCCAAUAGCUUGCAUUGGCUCUCGAAGGCUCCAGAAGAACUAACAAGGAAUCUCAUCCCAGCAUAUGACAUUGAUGAGCAUUCCAGGCAUGAAAGGCUUCCUAUAGUGCUCGGGGCCUAUACAGAACAGUUCAGGAAGGAUUUCACACUUUUUCUGGAGCUGAGAGCCAAAGAGUUGGUCUCAGGAGGUCGUAUUAUUAUUUCACUACUAGGGAGGUGUUCUAAUGUACUCGACAAAAAAUUCCCUUACCUUUUAGAAAUUGUUUCCCAGAUUCUAUGUGUCAUGGUCUCGGAGGGUGUGAUUGAUAAAGAGAAGUUUGAUUCUUUCUAUGGGCUAAUGUAUGAACCUUCCGACGAAGAACUAAGAGAGAUCAUCCAAGAAGAGGGCUCCUUUUCAAUCAGAGAGAUGCGGGAAAAUGAUCCUAGAACCAAUAUGAAAGCUACACUCAACACACCACACAAGUUCGCAAUGUUUUUGAGAUCUUUGUUUGAGCCAGUAUUAGUCCAACAUUUUGGAUAUGUUAUGGAUGAAUUCGUGAGGACCGCGGAGCGGCGGUAUAUCCAUGAGGGAAGCUUCCAAGACGAGCUUGCCAGAUGCCCUUAUGUUAUGUUGGUUGUAUCCCUUGCAAAGGCUUGAUUAUCAUGUACUUAAAGGUACAUCACAUUUGACAAUGGUGAAUCUCAUGCUUUCUUCCAGGCCAAAAGUUUGGUCUAAUAAUAUAUGUUAGAACUAAUCUUGCCAUAUAAUAAAAUAUGCAUGCAUGAGAAAGAAUAAGUCAUAGUGAGUUGGAUGAUGAGGGACGUCAUGAAACCUUAGCCAAGAAUAAUAUGAUGUCAUGGAAUAUUUCAUCACUCAGUAGUUAUCCCUAGCUAUAUAUGAUGUGUCUCUACUUGGGUAUGAGUUGUGCAUUAGAUGAGCUAGCUCUGAGUUCCGCUAUUGUCGCAAUGUCGGUAUUGUCUCAGGUGGGUCAUUGCACCAGCCCUAUAGGCUCCAUAUAAGGAGAU